AUGUCAGACUGGACCGUUGACCCAGACACUAGAAAAAAGCUCUUGAGCUUGCAGAAGCUUGCGGGUAACAAGAAGUGCUUAGACUGCCGCGCGCCUAACCCGCAGUGGGCGUCGCCAAAGUUCGGGAUCUUUAUCUGCUUGGAGUGCGCGGGCGUGCACCGCGGCUUAGGCGUGCACAUUUCGUUUGUUAGGUCCAUCACGAUGGACCAGUUUAAGCCUGCGGAGCUCCAGCGCAUGGAGCUCGGGGGUAACGACAACUGUGUCGCGUACUUUGAGGCUCAGGGGGUUGAUAUGACCUGGGCGCCUAAACAAAAGUAUGACAACUACGUCGCCACGGACUACAAGGAAAAGUUGUCCUGUUUGGUGGAGGGGCGCGAGUUUGUGCAGCCUGACCACACGGGCGAGAGUCUCACGAGCAUGCCUCCAGCGGCGGAGCACAAGUCGCAGCAGGCGCGCAACCAGCGCGCGGAGUUUGCCGACUCCCCAACGCAGUCGCGCAAGACCACGCCCACCCCACGCACCAAGAACGAGGCCUACUUUUCGGAAUUGGGCUCAAAGAAUGAGGCCAGGCCAGACAACGUGCAUCCGUCGCAGGGCGGCAAGUACAGCGGCUUCGGCAACACGCCCACGCCGGCAAACGGCUCGUCGCUCUCCGCAUUCACCAUUGACAAUCUCCAGAAAGAUCCGCUCGGCACCUUGACCAAGGGCUGGGGCUUGUUCACCUCCACCGUUGCCAAGUCCGUAGAGGAGGUCAACACCAGCGUCAUCCAGCCGGGUGUGUCCAAGUUGAACGAUCCCAACUUGCACCAGGAGGCACGUCGCGCUAUGUCCCAGUUCGGGGCCAAGAUGCAGGAAACGGGGAAGCUCGGCGCUGAGACGUUUUCGGCCUUCACCUCCACGUUGGGUCAGCCCCAGCCGCAGGCGCGCGGCAAGUACGGCCAGUUGUUUGACGGGUUAGGCGAGGAGCAGUCAUUGUUUGAUGCGGGGGAGGUGGAGCCGGCGUUUGGUGUGGCCAAGCCAAAGGAGAAAACCGCGUUGCCGGGGUUGGCGGGCAAGAAAGAGGACUGGGGGGAUGACUGGGAUAAGUUUUAA